AAAAUCGCCCAAAUUUCCAAAAUCCUGAAAAUCAAAAACCUUUUCACAUCUCUUCCCUUCAACUUUCUCUCACUACUCCUUCUCUCUUCACAAGUAUAAAAGGAGGGAAAAUGAGUUGAACAUAAUUGAAUUCAGUCUCGCGGCCAAUUAAUCCCCUUGCGGUCGGAGCAGGAUUUUUCAGAUCGCGGUGGCGCAGCCUCUCUCAGAUCUAAGCUGCGGAAUCGGAAAUUGGUAUUGAAUUUUUCGACAGCGGGUUGAUAUCUAAGUCCAAAUGCAGCAAAUGUAUCGUUGGAACCCAGUGAUCGCUGGGAGCUGUCUCAGCGCUCAAUUAAUUUCAACGAGUGUUUCAAAUCCGUAAAAAUCACGUCAAAUUCUUGUUAAAAUUCCUACAAAAUCCGUUCAAAAUCUAUUUAGAAUUCCAAAAUACUUGAAGAAUCUGUGUGAAAUCUGUAGAUUUUUAAAAUUCAGAUUUUUAAAAUCUCUGAAUUUUAAAAAUCUAUUACAACAUGAACGAAUACACCCCUAGUAAAGAAAAUGAUACAAAUUACGACACAAUAAAAAGUUCCAUUGAAAAUGGCUUCAAAACAAAAGGUUCCAUUGAAAAUUGAAAAUGUUAAAUGUGAUAGAAUUGAAAAGGUAUGUAAAAUAGAUUUAGCGAAGUUAGCCGAAAACUGGUGAGUGAGUGGUGUGACAUACGAUGCAACGAAACAUCGGAUUAUCCACGUGGCCGCUGCAGCGCACGACAUCUCACACACACGCAGUUCUUAUUUCGGCUGUGAAUCUUGAAAGCCACCGAUCACCAAAACCUUUAGGCUACUCGCUUUCAACGUCAAAUUGCUCAACUAAAAUCAGGCUCUUUCAAAAGAGGCGGAAUAAUACUUCCGCGAGCACCGGUGAUAGGUUUUCUCAACUUGACUUCCCUUUGAUAGGCUCCAAGGCCCACCAGAGUGAAAUGUGGGAUGCCAGGGAUGUAGCUCAUACCGUGAGGUCCCAUGGUGUCAGACUAGCAAGGACACAUAUGCAUGACUGGCUAAUACUUGUGUUGCUGGGUUCGAUUAUAGUCGGUCUGAAUAUUAUCCAUCCCUUUUAUCGGUUUGUUGGGAAGGAUAUGAUGUCUGAUCUCAAGUAUCCUCAUAAGAGCAACACAGUUCCUUUUUGGGUUGUAGUACUAUCUGCAGUUCCAUUGCCAAUUUUGGUUUUCCUGCUAUUCUAUCUUCGUCAAAGAGAUGUAUAUGAUCUUCAUGCUGCCAUACUAGGACUCCUAUUUUCGGUCCUCAUAACAGGGGUCAUAACUGAUGCAAUAAAAGAUGCAGUUGGUCGCCCUCGGCCUGACUUCUUUUGGCGAUGCUUUCCAGAUGGAAAGGAUGCUUAUGAUAGAUGGGGAAAUGUCGUCUGCCAUGGUGACGAACAUGUCAUAAGGCAGGGGCAUAAGAGUUUUCCCAGUGGGCAUACUUCAUGGGCGUUUGCUGGCCUGGGCUUCUUGUCUCUAUACAUAUCUGGGAAGAUAAAGGCAUUUGAUCGUAGAGGUCAUGUUGCAAAACUGUGCCUGGUUGUGCUCCCUCUACUUGUUUCAUCUCUGAUUGGCGUUUCUCGUGUGGAUGAUUAUCGGCACCACUGGCAGGAUGUGUUUGCUGGAGGUUUGAUAGGUCUUGUAGUUGCCACUUUCUGCUAUUUGCAGUUCUUCCCACCUCCAUAUCAUGCCGACGGUAUCUUUUUCUUUUCCUCCUAUUAUAUAAAUAGUCAUUUUCUUUAUUGAAACAGCAAUGUUGUCGAGUGAACUACGCUUGGUUGGUUGCUUCCGUGUAGGGUGGUGGACAUACGCGUACUUGCGCACGUUGGAGGAGCUGGCCGCGAAUACGAAUAACAAUGGUCAGAACUCUGGGGCUGCUGAGGUUGAAAUCCAGCCAAAUCAAAUGAACAACAAUUCUUCCAAGGUUGGUACAUCCAGCUUGCCAGUUGAAGAUAUCGAAUCUGGAAGAUGAUAGUUCCAAAAGGUAGCUGCUUUAGUGGAGCUAAUGUACAUAAGUAGUUGGAACAUAUUUUUCCUUCUUCAAGAGAAAUCUCACUAACGUUGAUGCUGUUAGAGUUAUUAUUAUUAUUAUUAUUAUUAUUAUUAUUAUUA